GUCAUGAUCUCAUGGGAUCGUUUGACACAGACCUUCCAAGACGCAGUGGACUUCGUCAGACGGCUCGGUAUUGACUUCAUCUGGAUCAACUCCAUGUGUAUCGUGCAAGACGACAGGCACGAUUGGCUUCGCGAAGCUUCUAUGAUGUUCUCUGUGUACAACAAUGUCCAUGUCACCCUG